AUGAUUUUGGACGAGAUAAAAGAUAGCCGCACGGCGCUUCGCUCUUGUAUUCUAAUCAACAAGAAUUGGUAUGGAGCAGCCAUACGGUAUCUGUGGGACAGACCGUUUGCUUUACUUUGUGCAGGUCGGUCUCGCAAGAGUAAAAGCAAAAAAUAUAGACGCCAAGCGAACAGUCUCCUCACAACAUUCGUUGAAUGUUUUACUGAUAUAAAGGCGAUCCAAGAAGUGUUUAACAUCUCAAAGACUCAUAACAAAAAGUUAGGUUUUGAUUAUAGUAUGCAUGUGCAAGAAGUCUGCUUUGAAGAGGUGGGCAAUGUUGUCAAACUUUGGGAUGGGCUGAAUCGUUCUCUAUCGUCAACCAAGGAUGAAAUCGACAGAAUAACGGCUAGAGUCGUUGGUUUAGCUAUUCAAUAUUGUCAACAAUUGAAAACUAUCUCCCUGACUCCAAACUAUUUGUCAGCUUCUUAUCAACUAAUCCAGUCGCUGGGUUCUGCAGCAGAUCUACCACAGUUAAAAAGCCUUACAUGGAAAUCUCGAUGUUCACCAAAGGAGGUUUUCGUUGCAUUAUCAAAAGUAACGCAUAACUUGGAAUCUAUAACAAUAGAUUUUUCGCAUCGUCGCAGCAAAGAAUUCCCACAUUUGUAUAAUUUAACGAUAUUAUGUCGUUCAUCCAUGGAUCAAUGUGAUGUCGAUUUAUUAGAGGAGUUUCUGACCAAGUCAAGACCUCCUCUGAGAUCGCUGGUGAUCAGUAGAGCUGUUCUUAACGAAGCACAUUUGAAUGCAAUACUUUAUAAUCUCAGUGACACUCUUAAGACUUUGGCCGUUUUCUAUCAUAAGCAGUAUGUUAGUAGUGAGUGUAUUAAAAGAGUGAAAAGUGUAGUUGAAAAUUUCCACCUUUGUACAGAUUUGAAGUUUCAAUUGUAA